ACAAAACCAUGUGACAGAGCAGACAACAAAAUGGCUGGCUAACGAAGGGCUCACUCUAUUCGGAAAUGGCUUCAUCACAGGACUUACUUCAUGUUGACCCUACAAAAGGAUUAAAUGUGCUUCUAUUAAAGAAAGAUUUGGAGAGUAGAAAAGCAAAACCCAACAUACAAAGGCCUGAAAAACCACAAGUCCUGAGUCAGGUAAAAGACUUUCUUCCUCUACUUGCCUCAGCUAAUGAAAAGUUGGAGAAGGAUCUUGCUUUCAAACCAUUAUCUGAUUUCGACAUUGAGAAUGUUGAAAGUGAUGAAAAGUAUGUUGAAAUGAAUAUUGGACUGUACCUCAAGGGUAAUCAAAGCUCGUCAGAUGAAAGCAGUGACUCCGAUGAAGAACAAAUUUGCAAGAUGUUUGAUGAAGUUACUGAUGACAAUAUCCAGCUGCAACAAGUUUCCAAGAUUAAACCAAAUCUUAUAUCUGAAGUAAGAGCGGAUGUUAAUAAAACUGAAAAACCAAAGGUUAAAGGAAGAAGUAUUCAGACUAAUACUUGCAAGAGAUCGCGAGGAAGAAAGAAGAAAAAAUAAACUUGUUGCCAAUAUUAUCGAGUUCAUCUGGUUUUCUGGGUUUACUAACAAUCUUCUCAACUUGAAAUUGUACCAAGAAAUAUCAACGUUCUUCUUGUUGAGAACACACCUCAAUAUAUCUUUUACCUGACCAGUGAAUCCCUAAUACCCCUUAAUCUCCCAACCAUUAAAGUGCUACUGCAACGAAAUUUUCGAAUUGUCUUUUUUGGCCUUAAAAGAAACUUCAAUCUUUGCUGAGAAAUAUGAUAUAAAAAUAAUUAGCAGCAACACAUUAAAUUGUUUACAAAAGGCCGCCAAAGUUAUGAGGUCAUGGCGAAUUUCGCACAUCGCGUGUGACGUAGAAAGUAGAACACAUUGCAAACAGCAAACAACAACAAAGCGCACUCCGGUCAGACGUCAGUAGAUGCCUGUCGAAGAUGGAUUCAUUUUAGUUUUACCAAAUUAACGCAAGAUGUCGGACAGCGAAUACAGCAGCACCGAAAGUAUUUCAGAGCAAUUUUCAUUAAUCGAUAGUUCAACUGACGGAGAUUAUGAAGUUGUGAACUUACAAGCUCACGCUCCAUACCAAGACGAACCACUGGCUCUGCCUGGGCAAGCGCGAGUGAAUUUUGAGGAAGACAAGGAUGGCAUUCCUCGUGAAACACUGGAGGCCAGAUUCGAGAAGAGAGUUGCUGUGAAUGACUGGUGCUCGUGUUCACAGUGUAAAGAUGAACUGUUGGUGGGUGCGUUAGAAUACAGAUGCUGCAGGGAAGUACACUGUGCUAUUGGCAAGGCAGUUUUUGAUGGCACAAUUGAUGGAAUAACAUGUAUCAUCCAACACCGCGAUUACAACGCAUUGGUCAAUACAGAGGUCCUGAUGAUGGUUGGGCCUUUAUUGAAAGACUCGCAAGGGCGAGCAUACAAGCGAAGAGCAGGACAAGGCAGAAACGAGUAUCUUAGAGCUGUUGCCUACAGAUGGCUAAUUCGUUGGUUCUGUGGUUACCUUGGUUGGGACAACAGAAGACCACUGCCAGCCUGCAUAUACCAUAACAUAAGGACGAAAUUCCAGACAGCUGCUACUACUGGUUAUGCAGAUAAUGAAUAAGACUUUAAGCAUUAAAAUAUUUGAGAGUAACUGUUUAGAUCUGACUCAUUUUCAGUAAAAAUAUGCAAACAUUUCAAAUGUGCCAAAACUUAUGAAUCUGAGGGUCCAAAAGCUCUACAAAAUAAGCUACAGAAUAUGGCUUUUGCCCUCAUGUUUCACUACAUGUUUGUUCCAAAUAUCAGUAUAAGUAGCAGUUGCUCUCAAACAUUUCCAGUCAGUUUAUUUGUUUGAGUGUAUUUAACUUUUGCUAAUUUCUAACCAGUAAAUUUUAAACUUAACCCUUUCCAUACUGAGGUCCACUUUUUUAAUAAAAGUUUUGGUAGAACACAAGUGGACUUCAAAUACCGAAAGGGUAAGGCUUUUUGAUAAAAGCAAAUACUUUCUUUUGCAAAGAAGAGAGAGAUCUGGAGUGUUUCACCAAAAAUCAGUCACACUUUCCACGUUUAUGCCCCUUUGUUGGUUUCCCACAUUUUUUGCAGCAGCGGUUGGUCUUCCUUUUUCUUGUGCUUUCAGCCAAUACAGCUGGUUUCAUUAGGCUUAAUUGCAAGGAUUCUUGUUCAUUUUCUGUGCAAAAAAUUAAACCAACAAUAUAACCACAAAGGCAAAAUAAAAGUGUACCACAACCAAAACCUGUAUUUUGAUUGCAAGAUUAGCUGCUGCUGUGCAAAUGUACAUUCUAUAUAAAUAUACACAAAUUAUGAUUUCAGUGAUUAUGAUGGGAAAGGGUAUUGACCCAAAGAUCCCAGAUUGAAUCUGGUCAAUCUAUUCUUACAAAUAUGAACAAUAAGAAUUUGCAAUUACCCCAUUUUCUAUGAGACCUUGAACCAAUGAUUUCUAAAUGGUCCCUUUCAUAAGAAAUUUAUAUAUAUCUUGAUGGAAAACUAGGCUUUCUGUUUAACAAGUGGUUUUCCCUUGCUGUAUGAUCCAGUAUCCCAGUGUAAUUACAUACUGUAUUUCAUCAACAGACAACAGUAUGUGAAGUUUUUGUCCAAAUAACACAAGAAAAUAUUUUACCUGUAGGGUACAUUGGUGUAGUAGUGCUCUGCUUUAAAAUAUAUUCAGAGAUGGCAUCAUUCUUUUGACGUCUGUUUGGGAACUGAGCAGUUAAAGGCUCUGGCACUUUCCGUGUGUACUUGUCCAGGACACUCCCAAGCUCCUCCAAGGGCGUGCUGAACAAAACAUUUCUUAUAUUGUCCACAUAUGCUGCAAUAUGAGGAAAAAUUUAUACAAUUUCAUGGUCUGUAGAUACUCUGGCGCACUGUUACAUAGUAACUGUUUUAUUUUUAAUUCUGAUGCAUAAAGCUAAGUGUGUUUCAGGCUAAUUAACAAUGGCAGGCAAUAUUUUUAUGCAUUAUUAGUCUCAUAACAAUUUUUAACUUGUGGGGUACAAAGCACUCAGUGAAGUUAACUGGAUAGACUACUUUUAAGUUAAAGUCCAACACAAAGAAGUGAUAGAAAAAAGAUAUCAUCCUUUAUUCAUUUAAUUUCAAGACAACAUUAAACCUCAUCAACUAGAAUCAUUUCAUGUCUUUCAAAUAUUUUGCAAGCAAUUGUAACAUUGUGAGUUUUGUGACUCUAACAACAGAACUAACAAAGCCUUUCUCAUUGAAGCAGUCUGUAACACAGAAUACCUUUGUUUGAUGUCAAAAUUAGUAGUAAAAUAACAAUUUUAUUGGUUUACUUACCAUAUGUAGGGGGUAUGGCAACUUCUCUGACAACUUCUUCCCCAAGUUUGAAUUUUGGGUAAACAACUGAGUAGCAUACUGAUCCAUCUAAUGCUGUUCGUGCUUCACGAUUGAGAUUCUCGUUAAAAUGAGAAAUAGCCAAAACAUGUCUGAAACAUAAGAUGCAUUAUGUGUUACGUCUGGUUUAACUAGAUAAAAUACAUUUUUCUGUUCUAAAUGACUGUUUGGCUUGCUAUGUCAAGACAUCUUGUUUGGAUAUUUAAAUACUUCUCCCAUUUUCAAUCUUUAGAACUAACCAAACAAGACUAUCUUGGUGCAACACGCCACAUAACCACAUAAAAAAUUACAUCACACAAUUGUCUCAUGUGCUGAAAUUAUAACAUCUGAGAUCUCACCUGCAGUAUGUACCAAGCCAAGAAAAGUGAACCAUUUUUGGGUGCCAGUGAUUUAACGUUGAAUGAAAGCCUUCCAGGCAGCUUGUCUGGGCAUCACAUGAUAGACUCUGGACAUCUUUUAAAGUGGUUGUGUUGCAAAGAAUCUUGAGUAAUUUGUCAUAUGCAGGUGUACCUGACAAAAUAUCAAAAACCAAAACAUUUCAAAUGGAUUUCCACUAAAAACAAGGAAUGGUUGGUUUCAUUCCACUAAAGUCUGGAUGAUGUACUAUUCGCCUCCAACAAAUUUAAGGCUUGUACCCACAAAACAUUUACAUUUACAUACCGAUUGGAAUCCAUUCACGUGGUUCAAGUUCAACAUGUGCACACUUGUUGUAUAACAGACUCGGAUGUUCAUCAUGUUUGUUUGCAAUAUGACGCAUCAAGGAUCUCCACUUUGCAACAAUCAACUCACCAAAGCCUUGCUUGGUAGAAAGGGCACACCAAUAAAGAUGCUUACGUAUUCCCUUGAGCCAUAAUUUUAGUACUUCAAAGCCUUUUUCUUUGCUGCCUUUCAAGAUUUUCUUUGUGAGACCUUUGCAGACAUGCCACAAAUCAUUGAAAUGGGAGGUUUCAGGCUGUGAUUCACGAAUCCACUUUGCGAUUCCUUUGUGUCGAUCACUUAUGAAUGUUGUGAUUGUCAAACCAGCAUUCUUUAUGUACUGAAAGCAACGUUUGGCUCCAUCAAGUUCCAUUGCGUUACUUGACCCUGAUUCAUUUGCCUUAAAAUUAAAAGGUUUCAUUUAGGAGUUGCAUGCAAAUCACAAAUGCCACUGCCAUCUUUAAUAUAGUGGUUACUUCUUUUGUGUUUGGUUGAUACAUUUUCUCACUCAUUCAGUGAUAUAAUCUGUGAUGCAUUGAAACUCUACCAAAUAUGAGUGCUGUAUAAAUCCUCUAAAACACUUUAAAAUGGCAAUAGCAGAUUUAUCUGUUUUCACAUGAAAUUGAUAAUUAUACUUACAGUACUUAACUUUUUGGGUUGCUGUGGACAAUAGGAUUGAAAAAAUGCCUUAGACAAACACAUGACACAGAAACAAUGACUCUGAAAAAUUGCUCACCUGAAGCAGUUCAAAAUGGACCAGUUUGGAGAUGGAAUUGGAAAACAAUGUGUAGACACCAUAUUUAGCAUUGUGACCCAUAGAAUCAAACCUUCCAUCUCCAGACCAUUGUGCAUUCUUGACCCCUCUCAAUUUUUCAAGCAGUGAUGAGCGAUAGCUUUCCCAAUGAUGGAGCACAGAUGGGAAGAGGAAUUUUUUCUGAUGAUAAAAAAAGGUCCGUCCAGAUAUGGCUGACAGCCCCAUGUGUCUAAACAUCAACAAAGCCUGGCUUAUUCUCACACCCGAUGUCAAGAUGCCAAAACUCAGCAUUACAUUGCCUGCAGGAUAUUUUCCAAAGAGUGAUGGCUGACUUUUCCACUGGAAAUGCAUUCUGCACUGCCUACAUUUCUGCACAACAGUUGCCAUUGUUCCAGUGCGAUGUACCUCAACAGAAGGAUUGUCAGCUUUGCAUCGGAAACAGAAAGUUUUGAAAAUUGCCAACAACAUGCCAUAGAAAACCACAAACUUGGGCUCUUCAGCAACUCUCGUCCCAGGUCUAACACUAAAAGAGGUUUACUGUAUUGUAUAACCGGUCCAAAACUGUAAAGCUGCUCUGAUAGGGUUAUAAAGUGAAAAAAGGAAGGAGCUGUAUUUUCAAUAUACUUUCAAUAUAUACUUUCAAUAUUGUGAAACAUACUGCACUUUCUAUUUUGUUUUGCCUGAAACUGGAGCUGAAUGACUUGUGUUGUUUUGCCUGAUGCUGGAUCUUUUCAGACAGUGACUUACAUUAAGUCAGAUAUUGAGUGAUGAAACUGCAGUACAGUUUCUGUGAAAAUUAUUUUCAGCCUAAUCACAAUCAAACAUACUGUAUUUUCUAUUUUUUGACAACUCCUCUAUAUCUGCAACCCCAGGGGGGGGGCACUCCAUAACUUUUGAUAUUCGGGGUCUGUGAAUUACAACAUUGACACAAUUCAAUAUUUGGGGCAAAAAUGUCUUGCAUUGACUUCACAUGGAAUGCAGUGUGACCCUGAAGUUGCGAAUCAUGAAAUAAGUGUUUUCGUAUUUUUUAAAAACUUAGAAAGAUCAAGAAUCUCAAAUUGAGAUCAUUCAAAAAUGUUGUAGUGGUCCCAGAAAUAGAUAACAAUAUUGGGGUCACCAAAACAUUAGACUUUACAUUAGACGCUAAAAUUGAUUUUCAAAGCAAUCAGUUUUUACCUUACAAGAUUUCUUGAAACAAACUGAUUUCCAUCAUCUUCGGUGUCUGUGGAGUCGGCCGAUUCUUCCAAAGUUGCCCAGUCUUCCUCAUCCUCAUUUUCCAGACUCAAGUCUUGACUGACAUGAACUUCAUCAAGCCCAUUGUCAUCCGAACCGCUAUCCAUUAUAUAACCUGAAAGGCUACUUGCAUCCAUGUCUUCAGGCAUAACAUCCGUGUUUGUAAGCUUGCAAGAAAAUUGAGUAAUGUCAUUUAGUGUGUAAUGUUACUUUGGUUUACAAUCCUUAAGCAAAAAAGCUCCAGGGGCCAGAAGUUGUAUGUGGAAUGCACAGAAGUAACCAAGAGAAGGGUAACACUGAGUGUACUUUGACCAAUGUCAAACAGAAACCCAAAACGAGUUCUAAGGGUAAAGAAAGAAAUACCUGCUCAAUUUUUGCAUACAGCUCUGCCCUCUUCUUCUUCAACUUGCUGACCUUUUUUUGCAGAUACACUAUUUUAGCUUUAUUAGACUUGCAGUUCUCACAAGCAAUAUUGCUUUCGACUCGGCUAUCCAAUUCUUUAUUAUCAUCUGCUUCUUCUACAUCAUCGCCAAUGUCUGAUGUCGUCGUUUCGAUAGGUUUCGGGGUUAUAAUAGCACUUCGAACAAUCUGCAAAGAAAAAAGUAUAGACGAUCAAAAAAACAACUCAGAACAAAUGAGUUCUACGAUGGACAUUGGUCUGAAAGUGAAAGAACAACAAACCAGGAAGUAGGCCAGAGGGCCUAAAUCUUCGCUCACCUGUCUUCGAUCUCGAUCUGACAUUUCUUCAGAUAUCUUCGGAGCUUCGUUUGCUACAUGAACCGUUGGCACUGCAUCAGGCUUGAGAAAAGACUUAACUCCGAGCUGUAAAGCUAUGUCUCUUCGCAUUGUGAAGGAAGAUUCCUCAAAGUGACUCCCACACAAAAUUGAUGUCUUCGAAGGGACCCAGCCUGGUCGAUAACGCCGCACAAAUUGGACCCAUUUCUGAUGUCUCGCGUUGUCUUUUUCUUUAUCGGGGAAUAAGUGAACUGACACCCCAUCAGUAUAUUGACUAUUUCCACAGCUGACUAAGUUAGGGCCACCAGCAACACAGCGCUUUCCUCCUCGGCUCUGUUUCUCCACUCUACUCGCCAUGUUGAAGUUGUCGUGAUGAAGUUAGGAUAGCGUGCCGCAUUGUUCUUUGAAAUUCGUGUUCUACUUUCUACGUCAUCAGGCAGCUAGAAAAAUUCGCACGCGAUCUGCCAAAAUCACCAACUUUGACGGGCCAUAAAAAAAAUUCUACUCCACCGAAUUGAAAUCGGUUUUCAGUAUCGUAAUUAGCGCAUAAAGAUGUCUCGGAAUAUGAACAAAACAGAAAUUCGAAAAUUUCGUUGCAGUAGCACUUUAAAUAUAAUAAGUAACUAUAUAUAAGCAGUAAAUAUAAUCAAUUGAGCUAUUGGCAAUUGACUAGAUAUCUGAAGUGUCAAUUAGGAAUACUGUUUUUGCAAGAACCAACAAGGGACGAUCAGUAAAGAUUUUUGAUUAGUAAAUAGAAUCUAUUGAGUCCGGAACAUUUAUUACAUAACAUUAUGAUCUUUGUAUUUUAGUAUUGUUGUGUUUUGAAACUAUACUUUUUAAAUUUUCUUAGUGUGCUAACUUUAUAUUUUUGAAAUAAAGUUUUCUGUAAGAUAUAAAGAUUAAAUUUGAAGGGUAAUUUUU